AUGUCGGCAGCUGAGCGCGCGCUCGAGAACCCAUCAGAUGGGAGCUCGUCUCAAUCCAGCCACGAAGUGGAGGUGAAUCCAGCUGUAAAGGGAAAACAGAUGGAGGAUCUGACUGGGCGUCAGGAUGAUGGACGUCCCUCCACAUCCACUAAAACAUUCACCGCAUCCGGUAGAGCGAAGAUGAGCGUCUGUGGUCCAGGCAGUAAAACUCCAUCAUCUUCAUCUUCAUCAUCUUCUUCAGCUGGUCCUCCGGCUAAAGUCCAUCGUGCUCGCAAAACCAUGAACAGACCGCCGCUGCCUCAGAUCAAACCUGUGGAGUCCAUCUCUCCUGCUGCAGCUGAGAAACCCGCCGGCGGAGAGAAACCAGACGCUGACACAGUUGUGAAGAAGCGUAAAGCAGGUUUGGACGUUUCAGCGACUCCUUCGGGCACCCCAGAGAAAGUCCUGAAGCCACAGACAGAGCCUCCAAUGACAGCGUCUCCAGCGGUGGGGAAGGCGGAGCCUGUUGCGACAGCGACUAAAGAUUCUCACAGUCGUUGGAUGGAGGAUCUGGACGAGGAGGCGGAUGAGGAGGAUUUUCACCUACUUUACAACAGUUACUGCGGAGAUGAUGUCAUUUACUCGGACAGCAAGUCAGAUGAAGGGAUGACAGAAGAGCCGAUGGGGGCGGGGCAUCUGUCUGAUCAUAAACGAAACUCAUCAGAGAGAGAAGAAAACACAUGGAAGCGGCAGGGGAAGGGGAAAGCCAGAGACAGAGCCGCAGCUGGAGGAGAACAGGACACUGAGAAAGGCGCAGAGUCGGCAUCAGUCGCAGUGGGCAGCACAGACUACACUGAGGUUCCUCUGGACUCUCUGGAUAUUUCAGCAGCAGACAGUCUCUCACACGCCGGUGAACACCCGCUACCACACUCACACGCAGAUGGCAGUGAUGCAGAAACGGAGCGUCUAGAGGAGCUUCCGCUGUGCAGCUGCAGGAUGGAGGCUCCGCGGCUCGACAGCUCCAGCGUUCGCUCCAGCAGGACCUGCAUGGCCAUCCAGAGCAUCAACGGAGAGCACUGCUGUCCCGGAUGUGGAUACUUCUGCCUCUCUGGAACGUUUCUGGAAUGUUGUCCGGACGUUCACAUUACUCACCGUUUCCACCGCAGCUGUGUGUCAGUGCUGGGCAGUGGGCGGAGCCGAGGAGCAGCAGGCGGGUCUGAUGAUCAGUGGGCUGAGCCGACAAGCAGUGGGCGGAGUCGAGGAACAGUGGGUGUCGGCCUGUUGUUCUGUCCUCACUGUGGUGAAGACGCAUCAGAAGCGCGCACUGUCUCCAUCCCGCCAGAAGCGCCCCCUGCUGGAUCUCAUGUGGUCACUGCGAGCGCUUCAUCCACUACUGCUAGCAACCACACUCAACACACACCCCAAACACACCGCAGGACCACAGACAAUCUCAAUGCCAGGAUGCGUUGUCGUGGAGAUGCGAGAAAGGGGGCGGAGCUUCAGUCUCAGCCGACCAAUGGCGCUGCUGCAGGGAGCGGGGAGGAGGAUGUGGUUGCUGUGGGUGAUGGUGGGGUGGACAGUGUUGGUCCGUCGCUCGUUCUGCCCAAUGGGAAGCCGGUGUGUCCGAGUGCACUUCCUGCUGGAGACAGAAGGGCGGCGCUGCAGAGAGCCAUACUCACACAGGACUCCGAGAGGAGGAAGAAGUUGCGCUUUCAUCCCCGUCAGCUUUACCCUGCAGCCAAACAGGGGGAAGCUCAGAGAGUUCUGCUCAUGCUCAUGGAGGGUAUGGACCCAUCAUAUCAGUCAGACUCUCAGAACCGGCGCUGUGCUCUUCACGCCGCGGCUCAGCGAGGUCUGCUGGAGAUCUGCUAUCUGCUCGUACAGGCAGGCGCUAAAGUGGACGCCCAAGACAAGAGCCUGAGGACCCCGCUGUUAGAAGCCAUAGUGAACAAUCAUGUGGAUGUAGUGAAAUACCUGAUCCAGAGCGGAGCCUGCGUCUAUCACGCUGAAGACGACGGCUCCACAGGUCUUCAUCACGCCGCUAAACUGGGCAAUCUGGAGGUGGUCAUGCUGUUGCUAAGCACCGGGCAGGUGGAUAUAAACGCACAGGACAGCGGCGGCUGGACGCCCGUCAUCUGGGCUGCAGAACACAGACAUAUAGAGGUGAUCAGAGCCCUGCUGAACAGAGGAGCAGACGUCACACUCCGAGAUAAGGAGAUGAACGUGUGUCUGCACUGGGCUUCAUUCGCAGGCAGUGCUGAGAUAGCAGAGCUGGUCCUGAACGCCGGCUGUCCUCUUUCCUCCGUCAACGUUCACGGAGACACACCGCUGCACAUCUCCGCUCGCGAGGGAUACAGCGACUGCGUCACGUUGUUUCUGUCUCGCGGUGCAGACAUCGAUAUCGUGAAUAAAGAGGGCGACACGCCGCUGUCUCUGGCCCGCGGGGAGACGCCCGUCUGGGUGGCGCUGCAGAUCAACAGAAAACUACGAAGAGGAAUCGCAAACCGCAUCGUGCGCACCGAGAGGAUCAUCUGCAGUGACGUGGCUCAGGGUUACGAGAACGUCCCAAUCCCAUGUGUUAAUGGCGUGGAUGAUGAAGGCUGUCCGUCUGACUACAAAUACAUCGCAGAAAACUGUGAAACAUCCGCCAUGAACAUCGACCGCAACAUCACACACCUGCAGCACUGCAGCUGUACAGAUGACUGUUCGUCCAGUAAUUGUCUAUGUGGGCAGCUCAGCAUCCGCUGCUGGUACGACAAGGAUCAUCGUCUCCUGCAGGAGUUUAAUAAGAUCGAGCCGCCGCUGAUCUUCGAGUGUAACAUGGCCUGCUCCUGCCACAAGACGUGCAAGAACCGCGUGGUGCAGGCUGGAAUCAAGGUGCGUCUCCAGCUGUACCGCACAGAGAAGAUGGGUUGGGGUGUUCGAGCUCUUCAAGAUAUUCCUCAAGGAAGCUUCAUCUGCGAGUAUGUUGGUGAGCUGAUAUCUGAUGCUGAAGCAGACGUGAGAGAGGACGAUUCAUAUCUCUUUGACCUGGACAACAAGGACGGUGAGGUGUACUGUAUCGAUGCCCGCUAUUACGGAAACAUCAGCCGCUUCAUAAACCAUCUGUGUGACCCGAACAUCAUCCCUGUGCGUGUGUUUAUGCUGCAUCAGGACCUGCGCUUCCCUCGCAUCGCUUUCUUCAGCUCCAGAGACAUCUUCACCGGACAGGAGCUCGGGUUUGAUUACGGUGAUCGUUUCUGGGACAUCAAGAGCAAGUACUUCACCUGUCAGUGCGGCUCGGAGAAAUGCAAACACUCUGCGGAGGCCAUCGCUCUAGAGCAGAGCCGGCUCGCACGUCUGGAGGUGUGUGUAGAGCCCGACACUGCACUCUCACUCAUCGGGCACUCAUGA